GUGCAGUGUCGAGCGGUGCGACGAGUGGCGCAGCGUAGCGUGUAGGCGGCAAAAUGCCUGGCGGACGACGUGGACUGGUUGCGCCACAAAACACAUUCCUCGAGAACAUCAUCCGGCGCUCCAAUUCGCAGCCGGACAGCUCGUUUCUUUUGGCCAACGCACAAAUCGUCGACUUUCCGAUCGUCUACUGCAAUGAGUCCUUCUGCAAGAUCAGUGGCUACAAUCGGGCCGAGGUCAUGCAGAAGUCCUGCAGGUAUGUAUGCGGCUUCAUGUACGGCGAGCUGACAGACAAGGAGACGGUGGGACGGCUGGAGUAUACGCUGGAGAACCAGCAGCAGGAUCAAUUCGAAAUAUUGCUCUACAAGAAAAACAAUGUGCAGUGUGGCUGUGCCCUCUCACAGUUUGGCAAGGCGCAAACACAAGAGACCCCACUAUGGCUGCUGCUGCAGGUGGCGCCCAUACGCAACGAGAGGGAUCUGGUUGUGCUCUUCCUGUUGACAUUCCGGGACAUAACGGCCCUCAAGCAGCCCAUCGACAGCGAGGACACCAAGGGAGCGGUUAAUCUAUUUUUGCCAGUUUUAGGUCUCUCCAAGUUCGCCAAGUUGGCUCGCUCGGUGACGCGAAGCCGCCAAUUCAGCGCCCAUCUGCCCACGCUGAAGGAUCCCACAAAGCAGUCCAAUCUGGCGCAUAUGAUGUCACUGAGCGCGGAUAUUAUGCCACAGUACCGACAGGAAGCGCCGAAGACGCCGCCACACAUACUCUUGCAUUAUUGUGCAUUUAAAGCAAUUUGGGACUGGGUGAUAUUGUGUUUAACAUUUUAUACCGCCAUCAUGGUGCCAUACAAUGUAGCGUUUAAAAAUAAAACCUCAGAGGAUGUUUCCCUUCUCGUGGUCGACUCGAUAGUCGAUGUUAUAUUCUUUAUAGAUAUUGUUUUAAACUUCCACACCACAUUCGUGGGGCCGGGCGGUGAGGUGGUCAGCGAUCCGAAGGUGAUACGAAUGAACUACCUCAAGUCGUGGUUCAUUAUCGAUCUGCUCAGCUGCCUGCCGUAUGAUGUCUUCAAUGCGUUCGACCGGGACGAGGAUGGCAUCGGGUCGCUGUUCAGCGCCCUCAAGGUGGUGCGCCUGCUGCGCCUGGGCCGUGUGGUGCGCAAGCUCGACCGCUACCUCGAGUAUGGUGCUGCCAUGCUGAUCCUGUUGCUCUGCUUCUACAUGCUGGUGGCCCACUGGCUGGCCUGCAUCUGGUACUCGAUUGGGCGCAGCGAUGCGGACAAUGGGAUCCAAUACAGCUGGCUGUGGAAGCUGGCGAAUGUGACGCAGUCUCCGUACUCGUACAUCUGGAGCAACGACACGGGGCCAGAGCUGGUGAAUGGGCCGUCGAGGAAGAGCAUGUAUGUGACGGCCCUGUACUUCACCAUGACCUGCAUGACCUCGGUUGGCUUUGGCAAUGUCGCCGCGGAGACAGACAACGAGAAGGUGUUCACCAUCUGCAUGAUGAUCAUUGCAGCUCUGCUGUAUGCCACAAUCUUUGGUCAUGUGACCACAAUCAUACAGCAGAUGACCUCGGCGACGGCCAAGUACCACGACAUGCUGAACAACGUGAGGGAGUUCAUGAAGUUGCACGAGGUGCCCAAGGCACUCAGUGAGCGAGUGAUGGACUACGUCGUCUCCACGUGGGCCAUGACCAAGGGUCUGGACACCGAGAAGGUACUAAACUAUUGUCCGAAAGAUAUGAAGGCUGACAUAUGUGUUCAUCUAAAUCGCAAAGUAUUUAACGAGCAUCCGGCAUUUCGUCUGGCCUCGGAUGGUUGUCUCCGGGCUUUAGCGAUGCACUUCAUGAUGUCCCAUUCGGCGCCAGGAGAUCUGCUCUACCACACCGGCGAGAGCAUCGACAGUCUCUGCUUCAUAGUGACGGGCAGCCUGGAGGUGAUACAGGACGAUGAGGUUGUGGCAAUACUGGGCAAAGGCGACGUCUUCGGUGAUCAAUUCUGGAAGGACUCGGCCGUUGGCCAGAGCGCGGCCAAUGUGCGCGCUCUGACCUAUUGUGAUUUGCAUGCCAUCAAACGUGAUAAAUUGCUCGAAGUCCUCGAUUUCUAUUCGGCAUUUGCGAAUAGCUUUGCACGCAAUCUGGUGCUCACCUACAAUCUCAGACAUCGACUGAUUUUUCGCAAGGUGGCCGAUGUGAAGCGCGAAAAAGAAUUGGCCGAACGGCGUAAGAACGAGCCGCAAUUGCCCCAGAAUCAGGACCAUCUCGUGCGCAAGAUCUUCUCCAAGUUCCGCCGCACGCCCCAGGUUCAAGCUGGCAGCAAGGACAUUGUCGGUGGCGGCACGGGCUCAGGCCAGAGCGAUGUCGAGAAAGGUGACGGCGAGGUGGAACGCGUUAAGAAGCUACCAGCCAAACUGACAUUAACCGAGGACUCACGCAUCCUAACGACCGCCGCCGUACCAUCACCAUCGCCAUCACCCUCGCCCUCAUCGGGUCCACCAUCUGCGCGGAGUACCCGUGCCAGCAAGUGGGGACGCCUUCUGGGCAGUUCAAGCGUCGAUUCAGCUAGCGACACCAGCGCCAAGGUAGCCGUCUCGAGAAGUUUGAGCGCCCGCGAGAGUCUCCGUGAGAGCACCGCCCAGGCGCGGCAGAGUAGUACUUCGAGUAGCAAUGGUGGACAAGGCAACAAACAUUUACAAUUAAGCAAAGUUUUCCCAAAGGCGCCCAAGCUGCAGGCGAGCCAAGCGACGCUCGCUCGCCAGGACACCAUCGACGAGGGCGGCGAGGUGGACUCCUCUCCGCCCAGUCGCGACAGCCGUGUGGUCAUCGAUGGAGGCGCAGCCUCCACAGCCACCGUCGGAGCUCCUGCUGCGGCGGCAGGAACAGCAGCGGCAGCAGCAGCGUCAGGAGGUGUCGCGCCAGUCGCAGGCCCGGGCUCAUCCGGCGGAGCAGGCGGAGGCACUGGAGCCGUGACGGCUCUGGUGAAGGGAGAGCGAAAUCUGGCCCUGGAGCGAGAGCGCCAGAUCGAGAUGGCCAGCUCGCGGGCCACCACCUCGGAUACGUAUGACACGGGCCUGCGCGAGACGCCGCCCACGCUGGCGCAGCGAGAUCUCAUCGCCACCGUCCUGGACAUGAAGGUGGAUGUGCGGCUAGAGCUGCAGCGCAUGCAGCAGCGAAUAGGCCGCAUCGAGGAUCUGCUGGGCGAGCUGGUGAAGCGGCUUGGGCCGCAGCAGGGCGACAACAGCAGCGGCCAGACGACGCCCGGCGACGAGAUCUGUGCGGGCUGCGGUGCGAGCGGCGUCGCGGCAGGACCAGGGGCUGCAACUGGGUCGGGCUCGCCCACAACCCCGGCGACAGUGACGGUAACCACGCCCGUGGACACUGUGAUAACCAUCUCAUCCCCAACGUCAGCAGCGGGACCAGGGGCUGGAGCUGGAGCUGGCGCUGGCGCUGGCGCUGGCAGCGGUCUACUAAAUCCAGGUGCCCCGGUUGUGUCGAGCGCGGGAGGCAACGGCCUGGGGCCACUGAUGCUCAAGAAGCGACGCUCGAAGAGCAGGAAAGCACCGGCGCCUCCUAAGCAGACACUCGCCUUGGUCGGCGCGUCAGCCUCAACGACCACAACUCUGACGGGCGCCGCUGGAUCUGGUACGACGAGCGUGGCAGCGUCAGCAUCACCUGCAGCAGGGGCAGGCUCUCCCAGUGGUGCCUGCCCCACGGAGCUGCUGCACCUGCGCCUGCUCGAGGAGGACUUUACGGCGGCCCAGCUACCGCCGCCGUCGACGCCGGCAGCCACGACUCCAACAUCGCUGGCCACGCCCCCAGGCAGCGGCACGCCAGCGGCUGGCAGUGCCGCCACCUCGCCCACGGGGCCGCCACCCACGCUGCCCACGCCCACAGGCAGCAGCGGUCCAAGGAGCGGCAAGCGAGAGUUCCUCUAGCCCAAGAUUCUAUUGAGGCAUCAGUCUUCGGCUUCGGCUUCGGCUUCGGCUUCGAGCUCGGCUUUAGCUUCAGCUUCCGCGGAGAGCAGCAGCAGCAGCAUGGAGCCAUAAAGUGGAGAGGGAGAGCAAUCCGCAAUCCCCGCCAUUGGCUUAGUUAGAGACUAAAUUCUAGUAUAUAUAUUAAGAUGAUAAUGCUGUAACCUGUAACCUCAAGAGCUAGACUAACCUACAAACAAAUGCUCACAGCUCCAACAUGAAUCUAUCUGUCUCUCUCGCGCUAAUUCUAUCUCUCUGUCUCUCUCGAUAUAAGAAUAUCCUCUCUCUCUCUCUCGCUUACACACACACACACACACACACACACACACUGAAUGGAAGUGCUCGAUACUUGAUAUUCGAUACUUUUAGCCCAUUAGCCGAUCCGCGAUGAUUAGCCAUAGCGAUAGGCAUAGAGACUAGAGUUAAUGACUACGAUUAAGGCAAAGCAUAUUGCUUACGAUUUUGCUACAUUUACUGCAAUUAUUUACCUUUAUAUACACGGAUAUACUAGAGAGGGAUACUACGUAGAUGAAACGUCACAGGAUAGACCAGAUGAUUACGGUUAGUUGUACAUAUAUAGAGAUGGAUUUAACUUUGUGAUAACUGCUGAAGUGAGAGGCGACGAAGUGAGUGUGAAAAGAUCGAACCAGAUGCCCGUGAAUUGUACAUAGCAUAGCAUCCCAUACCUAUCCAUAGUCAUAGUCCAGCAGCACCUGCACACAACACCUGCACACCCCAGAGAGAGCUGGAUUGAUUGUACAUGUACAUACUCGAGUGGGUAUCUAGCCCGUCCUGUAGCUUAACGAAACGCAGCACUCGCACCACUCGCUUGGCUUUGCCCCGGUCACGGCCCCCAACUAGAAGGUGGAGCUACACUCACCAAAAAACCAACACUAACAAAAUAAGUUGCGACAAUCGACAGACCUAAGACGAGAAAAUAAGAAACUACAUUUUAAACUCUUAAAACUAACAAGAAAAAAGAACAAGAAAGCAGAAACAUUUGUAUAGAGCUUGUAAAUACUUGUUAAUGCUCUUCGUAAGCACUACCCACUUCACCCACAACCUACACACAUAUUUUGUGAUACAAAUUAGCUGAAAAUAGUACCCAAAAAAAUAAAUGUAUUUGUUAACGCUUUUAUGCCCGAAGUGCAAGUGCAAAGGAAGAGUUGUUAGCGAGUCAUGCUGGAUACGCGCAUGUGGCAUAAGGCCAACUACAAUAUAGAAUGGUAGUACGGAUGAAGAUACAAAUAUACAAAUACUUAUAGAGGUGUCUCCUGAGCAGUUGAAGAGGCAAAGGUUUCAUUACGUUUAAGUCGCCGGCGUCGCAGUUCGUUCUGUUCCUGUUUGAGGUUCGAUUUUGCAUAGAGAUCUAUAGGGCAGCAGUAGCCCUGAUCCCUGAUCCCUGAUCCCUGAUACGAACUGUCUUCCUGCAAUUGCUGUAGGUCCGUGGGUAUUGGGGGGUAUUGGGCUGUCUGCUGCAACUACGAUGCUCGUAAUAGUUACUUAGUUUUAGUGUGAUUAGUAGUUUUGUUCGAUUACUUCGACAGCAUUUUAAAUCUGAAAUCAUCAAAUCAAAAAGCAAUUCAAGUGGUAUUACAUUUUGACUAACCAACACACCUACACCUACACACACACACACACACACACACGCAUAUACAUAUAUAUAGUUCAAAUACUCCAAAAUGAAUCAAAAAAUGUAAGUAGGAAUAGCAGAAAACCAAUUUGUUGCAUACGCUUAGGGCGCCCAUUUCUAGUCAAAAGUUGAACGAAUGUUGGCCACAGCGGGGUCCAACUGUACAUAGAUUUUUUUUUAUAUAUAAUCAUAGAUAUUUGUAAAGACUAAACAUUUAUUAUUAGGCAAAACAGAACUAACUAGAAGCAGCUGGAUAGGAAAGGAAAGGAAAGUGAAG